AUGGCGUCAAUGGACAGCAAGUCUCCCAAGACAGUUCAGGGCCACGAGCAGCAUCUAGGCAUCAACUGCCUGGGAACUUUUCUUUUGACGAGGCUGCUGACUCCUACCCUCGUUGCUACCGCCAAGACUGCGCCCGCCAAUUCUGUCCGCGUUAUUUGGGUUUCCUCCCUAGCCGCCGAGAUGUAUUCCGAGAAGCACAAGGCAUUCGAGAUGGAAAACCUAGACUACCACGUGGACAAGCCGAUACUUUACAAGUAUGGAGUCAGCAAGUCUGGCGCUGGGCAUACGGCGUCGAGUUCGCCAAGCGAUACAAGGCCGACGGUGUCAUCCCAAGGCCACGCAUUCAAGCUAAUGAACUCGCUCAUCCUCUACCCCGUGCCCAACGGAGCAGCUACGCAGCUGUUUGCUGCAUUCUCGCCAGAGAUUACGCUUGAACAAUCUGGAACCUGGGUCAUUCCGUUCGGUCGACUUGCAACAAUUCGCAAAGACUUGCUUGAUGCAACCAAGACGGAAGAGGAGGGCGGCAAUGGAGGCACACACAAGUUCUGGGAAUGGAGCGAGGAGCAGGUCAGAUAG